AUGCCGCCGUUACGCUAUCGCCCUGAAAUGCUGGCAGAUAUACCAGAGGAGCGCACUUACUUUCUCAAGCAAUAUGAAGACUGGUUUACUGUGGAGACUCCCGAGCUCAAGAAGAUCACCGAUCAUUUCGUGAAGGAGUUGGACAAGGGCCUUUCGAAGGAGGGCGGCAAUAUACCAAUGAAUGUGACUUGGAUAACAGCAUUCCCCAAUGGCUGUGAAGAAGGACGAGUGCUGACCAUAGACAUGGGCGGUACAAAUCUCCGAGUCUGCGAUGUAUACCUCCCAGCUGGUAGGAGGGAUUUCGAACAAACUCAAAGAAAGUACAAACUGCCCGAGGAAAUCAAGACGGGCAGCGGAGAACAACUCUGGGAUUGGAUCGCCGAUUGCCUAAAAUCUUUCAUGGAAGACAAGCGCAUCGAGCCACCGGAGGGCGAGAAGUUCUCAUUGGCCUUUACCUUUUCUUUUCCAGUCUACCAGAGCGACAUCAAAUGCGGUGUCCUUCAACGAUGGACAAAGAAUUUCAAUGUGACGGGGGUGGAAGGCCACGACGUUGUGCCGCAGCUGGAGGUGGCCCUGGGGAAGAAACACCUUCCGGUCGAAAUCGUAGCUGUGAUCAACGAUACAACGGGCACCCUUCUUGCCUCGCAUUAUCGCGAUCCUCACGUUAAAGUGGGCUCAAUUUUCAGCACUGGUUGCAAUGCUGCAUACAUGGAAGAUUGCAAGAACAUCCCAAAGCUGCAGGAGCAGGGGCUUGCAGAAGACGCGACGGUCAUCAUCAACACCGAGUACGGUGCGUUCGAUAAUGAUCGCAAGGUCCUUCCCCUGACACCUUUCGAUCGGCGAAUUGACCAGCAAUCUGUCCAACCUGGGACACAGAUAUAUGAAAAGAUGGUGGCUGGACUGUAUAUCGGCGAAAUGCUUCGUCUUGUGCUGGUCACACUCUGCGAAGAAGGCAAGCUCCUCCAGGGCCAAGACAUCACUCGCCUUCGAAGAGAAAAUGCCGUGGACGCGACAUUUCUCUCUAUUGCAGAGCUCGAUAUCUCAGAGGGGCUCCAGGAUAUGCGUGUUGAAUUUGAAGAGAACUUUAGCUUGUCACCAAACAUGCAUGAUCUCAAGAUAUGUCGGUAUCUAAUCAGCCUCAUUAGCAAGCGUGCCGCGCGCCUCUAUGCAUGUGGAAUUGCGGCCAUAUGCAAGAAAAACAAUGCUUUGAAAUGCCAUGUUGGCGUGGAUGGUGCAGUGUUCAAUAAAUACAGUGGCUUCAAGUCGCGGGCGUCCCAGGCUCUACGCGAAAUCUUUGACUGGCCAGCAGAGGAGCUGGACCUGAUCGCGCUCAAUCCGUCUGAGGAUGGUUCAGGUGUCGGUGCAGCGCUGGCUGCAGCUUUGGCCACGGGAUGCGAGAGCAAAGGCAGAUCAUCCAAGAUUGCUUGUCUUGUUUAG